AUGCGCUCUUCAACCACCCUACUUCGUUUUCUCCGCAGCCCAAGCGGACCUCUCCCCCGAAACAUCGUCAAAACUCCAUCUCCAUUCAACGCAUAUAGACCAUCACCACUCUCUUCGAGAGCCGGCUCAAUAUAUGCAAAUAAUUUUCGCCGAUACAAUUCCAGCUCCUCCUCAGUUGCCGACCCAUCUCUACGACCACUCACCGACCGGGUCCCGAGCGCAUCUGUCGAUGCAGCAAACGCGGAGCAAAACGCUGCACGGAGAGCUGAGGAACCAGCUUAUCGUAUUGUAUUCACAUGCAAACCGUGCGGCACCGUUUUGAUUACUUGUCCUUCAUGUCACGCCCGCCACGUUAUUAGCGACCAUCUUGGAAUAUUUAUGGAUGCGAAGAGUUCGUUGGAGGAUAUUCUGGGUACGAAGGGCAUGAAGAUUACUAAGGGUAUUCUUAAUGAUGAUUUGGAGAUUUGGGAGGAUGGCUCUGUUUACAAGGCUGGGUCGAAUAAGGAGGGUGUUGAUAUCAGCUCGGAGGUCACGGUGGAAACCACUCCUAAAGAAACACCAUGA